AUGUCACAGUCAAAAUCGCAGAUUGCAAUAAGCGAAACCCUGACUGAACAUUUGGGAUAUCAGCCUAUAAGUGUCGUGGAUGAUAUUAUCAACGUUGUUAACGAAAUCAUGUACAGAUGCACAGAUCAGAUCGAAAAUGCUUUGUUGGAGAGAAGGUCUGAUUUGAUAGAGAGAAAUAAAAAGCAGGCAGAAGCAGAGAAAAAGAACGAUGAUGAUGAUGUGAUGGUCAAUGAAGGAAGCCCGUACAAAAACGCAGUUCGAUAUUCUGAAGAUGAUAUACGAAAGGGAACGGCAAAGUUGGAAAGCUUGUUGGAGCAUCUGAUAAAUCGGAACUACGAUAAGCUUGAAUUGUACAUCAUAAGAAAUAUACUGACAAUACCGGAUGAUUUGUUGGCGGGAGGAUAUGUGAGAUUAAAGCAUCAGGAAGGCAUGAAGAUUGUUCCGGAUACAAUUGAUAAAGCAGCCAAACUCGACAAGCAGUAUGCGGACAAGAUGGCUGAGAUCUCCCGGCAAAUUGAGGAAAACAAGAAGAUUUCAGACAUGAUCGUGAAACUGACCAAGAUGGACAAAAAAGUGACGCUUCUUAAAAAGAAGGUGGCUCCAAUGGAUUACAAGGGUGUUUUAAAAAGCAGAAGCAGCACCAAUGCAUCGAGAAACGGCAAGAAUAUUGUGCAAAAAAACACAUUGGGCAGUAAGUUUGUUGAAAAGUAUGAUCUCAAGCCAUUGAAAGAAACCUGCUUGUUUAUCAAUAGUGAAAUUCGACGCGGGUAUAAGCUAUUGGAAAGAGCCAAGCCUUUUUUGGAAGAUGAAACAAUAGUAAAGGUGGCUGAACACAGUGCAAAAGAGGAUAAUUUUGUGAAUGAGCAGGUUAGAGACAUGUUUACCUCAAAUAAAACGAAAAAACCAACUGGGUUUGCCAUCCAAGAAGGGGAUGUGACAGAGAGCCUACUUGAUAAGGUGGGGAAACUGGUACCUAAGUGA